GGUUUUUUUUUGUGUUCGUUGUGGGCCAAAACGGAACAUACACAGCUCUGCCUUUGCUUCUGCUUCUUGCUGAGGUGCCACCAACCAACUCCAACGAACCAAACACCAACCAACCAACGAUUGUUGACUCUUGUCGGUCAGUAACGAGAGAGAAGACACGCACUCACGCACAACCAACACGAAGGAAGAGAGACGCAAGGCUCCCCCCCCGUGUGCUCGCCCCGACAAGUAGCAGGCAGCAAGGCGUUGUUGUGAGUAGUAGCACCAACGCGACCGGCAGUGCCACUGAACCACAGCAGCCACAGCAGCUACAGAAACAAUGACAGAUCAGGUGCUCAAGUACCUGCGCAUCCCAGCCAGCUCUCGCCAGGGGUACGAGGACUCCUCGGCAUGGGCUGCCAAGCGGCUGGCUUGGAUCCCAGAUGAGAAAGAAGGCUUUGUCUUGACCGCCAUCAAGUCUGAUGAGGGCGAGGAAGUCACAUGCCAGCGCGAGGACACGCGUGAAAUGGUCACGGUGAGCGCGGAUGAUGUGCAGAAGGCCAACCCACCCAAGUUCAACAAAGUGGAGGACAUGGCCGAGCUCACCGUGCUGAACGAGGCAUCUGUGCUCUUCAACCUGCGCGACCGCUACCACGCCGACCUCAUCUACACAUACUCUGGGCUGUUUUGUGUGGUGGUGAACCCGUACAAGAACAUUCCCAUCUACAACGACGACGCCAUCAAGCUGUACAAGGGCCAGAAGCGCGACGCUGUGCCGCCGCACGUCUUUGCCAUUGCCGACCUCUCCUACCGCAGCAUGCUCCAAGAUCGUGAGGACCAGUCCAUUCUCUGCACUGGCGAGUCUGGUGCAGGCAAGACGGAGAACACGAAGAAGGUCAUCCAGUACCUUGCGAGUGUUGCCGCCACCACGCGCCGCGACCCGGACACGCUGGCCAUGUUCGCCUCCGACGCAGCAGCAGGCAGCACCAUGGGCAAGGGCGAGCUCGAGCGCCAGCUGCUGCAGGCCAACCCCAUCCUGGAGACCUUUGGCAACGCAGGCACCAUCAAGAACGACAACUCCUCCCGCUUUGGCAAGUUCAUCCGCAUCCACUUUGAUGCUGCUGGCUUCAUCAUUGGCGCGACGAUUGACACGUAUCUGCUUGAGAAGUCUCGCUGUGUGCGCCAGAACGAGAGCGAGCGCACAUUCCACAGCUUCUACCAGCUCCUCCGCGGCGCAGACGCAAAGUACAUCUCGGAGCUGCUGCUCGAGGACAUCAGCAAGUACGAGUUUAUCAGCAACGGCGACAUGCACCUGCACCACGUGGACGACGGCAAGGAGUUUGCAGACACAAACGAGGCAUGCCGCAUCAUGGGCAUGACUGACGAGCAGAUUAUGGACGUGUGGCGCGUCGUCUCUGCCGUCAUGCUCAUUGGCAACAUUGAGGUCAGCUCCCAGCGUCGUGGCGGCGAGCAGGCCGUCAUCAAGGACGACUCAGUGUGCCAGAAGGUGUGCCACCUGCUCGGCAUCAACGUGCUGGACUUCACGCGGUCCUUGCUGAAGCCAAAGGUCAAGGCGGGCCACGAGUUUGUGCACAAGCAGCAGACGAAGGAGCAGGUUGACUUUGCCAAGGAGGCCCUCGCCAAGGCGACCUACGAGCGCCUCUUCCUCUGGAUCGUCAAGCGCAUCAACAAGACGCUGGACCGCAACAUCCGGGAUGCGCGCACGUUCAUCGGCAUCCUUGAUAUUGCAGGGUUUGAGAUUUUCAAGGUGAACAGCUUUGAGCAGCUGUGCAUCAACUACACCAACGAGCGCCUGCAGCAGCUGUUCAACAGCCGCAUGUUCCAGCUGGAGCAGGACGAGUACCAGAAGGAGAACAUUGACUGGGAGUUUAUUGACUUUGGCCUUGACCUGCAGCCCACCAUUGAUCUGAUUGAGCGCAAGGGCAUCCUGCCCCUCCUCGACGACGAGUGCUUCUUCCCCAAGGCCACAGACCAGUCCUUUGUUGACAAGGUUGUGAAGCUGCUCGGUGACGACGAGAAGCUGAGCAAGCCUGCGCUGCGCGAGGACUGCGACUUUGCUGUCGUGCACUACGCCGGCCGUGUGCCGUACCAGGCUGCCGGCUGGCUGGUCAAGAACAAGGACCCGCUCAACGACAACGUCACUGCGCUGCUCGCCAAGUCUGGCAACGCGUUUGUGGCCACGCUGUGGAGCGACAUGUUCUCUGGGUCGCUUGCCUCUGCCAACCGCACGCGCAAGGGCGCCUUCCGCACGGUCGGGUUCAUCUACAAGGAGAACCUCAACCACCUCAUGGACACCCUCAACCACACCACGCCCCACUUUGUUCGCUGCAUCAUCCCCAACCACGAAAAGAAAGCAGGCAAGAUUGAUGCGCCGCUUGUGCUUGACCAGCUGCGGUGCAAUGGUGUACUUGAGGGCAUCCGCAUUUGCCGCAAGGGCUUCCCCAACCGCAUCCUCUUCCAGGAGUUCAAGCAGCGCUACUCCAUCCUCGUCCCAGAGGCCAUCCCUCGCGGCUUCACGGACGGGCGCCACGCGUGCGAGAAGAUGGUUGAGGCGCUGAACCUGGAUGCGCAGUCGUACCGCAUUGGCCUGACGAAGGUGUUCUUCCGCGCCGGGAUCCUUGCACAGCUUGAGGAGCAGCGCGACCUCAAACUCUCAAAGAUGAUCAUUGGGCUGCAAGCGUUCUGCCGCGGGUACCUUGCUCGCCGCUACCACGGCGCCCUCCUCCACGGCUCCAACGCGAUUCUUGUGAUUCAGCGCAAUGCGCGUGCGUACAUGAAGCUGCGCUCGUGGGCGUGGUGGAAGCUGUUCACCAAGAUCAAACCCCUGCUCAAAGUUGCUCGCGGCGACGAGGAGCUCCGCCUCUUGCGUGAGGAGCUCGAGGAUGUGAAGCAGCAGCUUGAGCGGUCUGAGCUUGCGCGAAAGGAGGCCGAGGCACGCAUUGAGACGCUGGAGAUGGAGAAGAAAGAGCUCAACCAGCAGCUGGAGGCAGACAAUGUCGCCCUCACAGACGCAGAGGAAGUCCGCUCCCGCCUCGUCUCAAAGAACAACGAGCUGCUUGAGGAUCUGCAGUAUGUUGAGCAGCAGCUUGAUGAGCAGAUGUCGACGACCGAGAAGCUGCUUGCGGAGAAGAAGCACCUGAUCGAGGAGCUGGAGGACCUGAAGAAGGACCUUGGCACGGCCAACCUCAACGAGGCGCGGAUCUCGCGGCUUGAGGAGCAGCUGGAGACGGUGCGCAAGCAGCUGGACGACCAGACGGCCGCCAACCAGGAGCUGGAGGAGCAGCGCAAGAAGCUGAACAAGGAGCUCAACGACGUGCGCGCCGACCUGGACCAGGCGCUUGCCCAGAAGUCCAAGGCGCAGAAGGCGCACAAGAAGCUUGUCUCUGAGCUCGAGGACGCCACAGUGGAGCUGGACCACAGCCGCUCGCAGAUUGCGCAGCUGACGGCACACCAGCGCAGCUUUGACAAGCAGCUCAACGACGAGCGGGGCCGGUACGAGGAGCUUGCCAAGGAGCGCGACGCCCUGCAGAGCCAGAACAGGGAGCUCUCAACCAAGGUGCUGACGCUGAAGAACGAGCUUGAGGAGGCGACGGACCGCUGCGAAUCAACGGAGAAGGCAAAGAAGCGGCUCCAGGACGAACUCGACGACCUCGUCAGCAGCUCGAACGACGCUGCGCAGGCGGAGCUUGAGGCGGCGAAGCGGACGCUGCAGAUCACGGUGGACGAGCAGAAGCAGCAGAUUAUCGAGCUCGAGGACGAGCUGCAGCUCGUGGAGCAGGCCAAGCUGCGCCUGGAGGUGAACAUGAGCGCCAUGGAGAAGAAGAUGAAGGAGGUGGACCAGACAGCCAUGGAGGAGGAACACAAGAAGCUGAAGCAGCUCAACCGGCAGAUUCGCGUGCUGGAGGAGGAGCUCGAGAACGAGCGGCGCAUCAGCUCCAAGACCUCUGCGGAGAAGAGGAAGCUUGACCUGGAGAUGGCCGACUUGAAGGAGCGAUUGGAGGAGGAGCAGCGCGGCCGCACCCGCGACUCGCGCGCCGUGAAGAAGCUUGAGAAGCGCAUUGCCCUGCUGUACGAAGAGCGUGAGGAGGACUCCAAGCUGGCAGAGUCGUCCUCUCAGGAGGCAGCAAAGCUCAGGGAGAAGAUCAAGAAGCUCCAGGCAGAGCUCGACACCGCCGAGGACGAGGUGACGUCGUCGAUGGCCAAGGCGCGCCGUGCCGAGCGGGAGGCACAGGAUAUGCAGGAGUCGCUCGCUGUUCUGCAGGAGGAGAACACGAAGCUCCGCUCCAUGCUGCGCAGGGCCCGCCUCCGCAGGGAGGAGCUCGUCGGCGACACGGAGCAGGUGCUGGACACGACGCUGUCCGAGUCUGUUGUUGAUGACGAGUGAACGCGUUCAUUGUUCCCCAGCAGCAGACUUGGCUGCUGCUGCGCUGAUUUCCUUACAGUUCAGGGCGUUGUCUGUUUGGUUGGUUGCUUGGUUGUCUGUUUGUUGAUUCGUUUGUUCGACGUGUUGGUGUGAUGUGGCGCUGUUUUCUCACGCGUGACGCCAGUGCUGCUUGCUUCACGUUUCAUAUCCGCGCAUAAUCCGUGUCUGCAUAUGUCCCCUUUUCCCUUCCCAAUCGUGCACGUGAACUCUUGCCUGUACUAUCGUCUGCUGUCUGCUGUCUGCUAUUGCCUACUUGACGUGGUUGUUGUCCUCGAGUGUUGUUACUCUUCACCCCUUUGCUCUUGCGUGUUUCAUUUCAUGUUGUGCUUUGCCGUUUCCAUCUGUUGCUCGUUUCGUCGUUGCGUUCUUUUUUUCCCCUCCCCACACCCACACACCCAAGCUGUUGAUACAACGCACAUGUUGUUUGUGCUUGUUCAGCAACAAGACAGAAAGUCGUUUGACACCUCCCAUCUCCUUGCAAUACACAGAGAAUCGAAUGUCUUGUGCUGCCAUCACGAGUGAUGCCUGAG